CCUCUCGCCGCGCCUCUUCCUCUCUGUUCUACCGUAUAUGGCGUUGUUCUUGACCUUCCCUUCAGCCCAAGUCACUCUGUCAUGUAGCUGCAUGCUACAUUCUUCUAAAAGUAGUAGAAAAUGCAUUUAUCUCCGAUGUAAAUGGUGUUGCCAACGAGGUAUUUGCCAAAGUGUAACCAGUUACAUAUGAAGUCAUCAUUUUUGGGGAACGAUGGGGAAGUACUUUGCCUGCGUAGAUCAUCUGAAAAGUUCCUGGGACCAAGUCUGCAUUGCUUUUUGGGAGCGAUACCCCAACCCCUACAGUAACCAUGUCCUAACGGAGGACAUCAUCUUUAGGGAGGUAACUCCCGGUAACUGUCUGGUCUCUAGGCGACUGCUGACCAAAACUAACCGCGCGCCUCGCUGGAUGGAGAAGUACCUGCCGGUUACCAUGGCCAGGCACGCCUACAUCAUCGAGGAUUCCAUCGUGGACCCCCAGAACAGAACCAUGACAACGCUGACUUGGAACAUCAGCCACGCACGCAUGAUGUCUGUGGAGGAGCGUUGUGAGUACAGAAUUAACCCUGACAACACCAGCUGGACGGAGAUUAACAGAGAGGCCUGGAUCUCGUCCAACCUUUACGGGCUCUCCAGAGCUAUACAGGAGUUCGGCCUUGCCCGGUUCAAGACCAGUGUUGCAAAGACCAUGAAGGGGUUUGAAUACGUCCUGGCCAAAAUGCAAGAAACGGUACUGUGGAGCGGCGAAGCGGUAGAAACGGUACUGUGGAGCGGUAGAAACGGUGCUGUGGAGAGGCGGAGCGGUAGAAACGGUACUGUGGAGCGGCGGAGUGGUAGAAACGGUACGGUGUCGCGGCGGAGCGGUAGAAACGGUGAGACCCCCUCCAGGACCCUGGCUGAGCAUGCUACGGAGAGGGCCAGGGUGACAGCUCUGGCAGCUAAAGAGAAAGCUAAAGACCUUGCCUCACAGGCUCACAAGAAACAACAGUAUGUCUGAGCUGCCAGUGUAGUUGCCCCUAGAUGCUGAUAUGUUUAGGAUUGGCGGAGGGGAAGCUGAUCAUAGAAACUUAAACCCAGAAUGCGAGGUGCCAGUGGGAGGAAGUAGACAUUGGCCCCUGUCAGUCCUGCCUUUAUUCAAAGACUAUUUGAAAAUUAUUUCAAAUACUUUAUCUGGGAUCGAUUCAGCAUGCCUGGCUGGCACAAUGGAACCACUCCGGGAAGGCUCAAGCAAUAGCAAAAAGUAUUAAAAAAAAAACGUUGAAUAGUAUUUGAACCCAGGUCUGGUUGUCCUUAACCAGACCUGGGAUCAGAUCUUAUUGAGCCCCCUAAUGGUUAGAUUGAGGGAGGGGAAUCUGAUCCUAGAUCUGUGGUUAGGGAUGCAAAAUUCUGUUAACUAAAAUUACAGAUCAGAUCUUAUUGAGCCCCCUAAUGGUUAGAUUACAUUCUGUUAACUAAAAUUACCAGGUUUUCCAGAAAUUGAAAGAUUACCGUAAGAAGGAAAUCCGGAAUCCUCCAACCAAGAUUUCUGGAAAACCUUGGGAAUUUUGUGACUCUAGGUGUGAAAGUGAUCUAGACGAUGAACCAUUACAGUUAAAGCCAAUUUAUGCUGGAUCUGAUAAAGUGGUGGAGACCAUAUGUAGGGUGUGAUGCAAUGGAGGCUCCGGAGAGGCAUGCAGAGGCCAAAUCAAGCUCCGUACUGCUUCGCUGUGCACCUCUCAAAUGUUGUAACAAUGUGGAGGGCUCUGUAUAGCUCCGCAUUGACAUGAUUGGUUGACGGUAGGUCCUGUAUAAACACAAACUCACUUCCUCGACAACUUCCUUCACAACAGCUCCGGGAAACCCAAAAAGUAUGUUUGCUCUGACUUCUGAAGAGGCUGCAUUACCGUAAACCGCUGUACUGCCGCAACACAGUGGAACCGCUGUACUGCCGCAACACAGUGGAACCGCUGUACUGCCGCAACACAGUGGAACCGCCGUACUGCCUCUGCAGACAUCGGAUUGACCAUGCAGCACCUUUUAGACUCUUGUCUUCUACCACAAGUGUCUGGGCUGGGUCUCAAUAGUCCUCACUAGCUUCCUUUCCUUGUCUCCUUUCCUUCAGUACAGUACUCUGAACAGGGAGGUGAAAGGGUUGGGCUGGUUUCCAUUCUACUCCCUCCACCUGUCAUGGUCUUAUCAGUUAUUGUGUAGAUGCUGAUCUCAAUGAGACAAACCUGCAGAAAUGGAAGGUUACAUAUUAGUAGCAGAAAGCGAAAGGAGAUGAGAAAUGGAACCCGUGAUCUAAACGCUAUAGAAGUGGUUACUGUACGUCACAGAAUGUAAACUUGAGUAACUAGAUUGUUAUUGUUGGAGGUAUGCGGCAGCAUUAGGGACAGGACAACACCAGUUCCACCCGGCAGGUGGUCUACCGUGCACGGCCGACGUUGGUGUUGGUCGGUCUUGUCCUUUUUAUUGGGAGCUAGUACAAGAGACUGGUUCGUGUCUCCAGAAAUGACUGUGUGUCUCGAGUUGUUUUUUUGUGACCUACUGAGUACUGUCAUAGCCGUAGGGGAUGAGGGAGUUCCACGAAGUUGCGUGAAGCUGUCCCUAGACGCUGAUAUUGUCAGUUUUUAGCAUUUUCACAAUAAUGGCUAAGGUUAGGAUUGGUAGAGGGGAAGCUGAUCCUAGAGCUGUAGGCCUAACCACCAUUCCCUCCCAACUCAGUGGUUGAGUCCCAAAUGGCACCCUAUUCCCUAUAUAGUAUACUACUUUUAACCACAGACUUAUGGACCCUUUAACCUCUUGUGCACUUCUGUCUUUUCCGUAACGGGAAGUAUUUCUCCUGUCAUAAUUCCUUUACUUUUAUAUAGUUUUGUUUCUCACAUUGUUAAUGAGACUGACUACAUAUCUUCAGUUACUUUAGAUUUAGGCUUACGAUUCGUAAAUAUUUAUCUUUUUCAAAAUCAUCUUUGUUUUCUUCUAACUAGACUACUCAAAAAGCCAUCUCAAAGAAAUCUCACUGAAUCUUCACUACAGGUUAAUUGAUUUCAGUUAUGGCGCUACAUUUCUAUACUUUUGGAUUCAGAAUGAUAAUUCAUUGCUUCAAAUUGAAGUUUUUACUAGUGUGAUGAGAGGGUCCACGUUAUUUUGCAGUCGUUACUUGAAAGUGAUCAGCCUGGGCUAGAGAGAGGGCUGCUACUUGGCGCUCUCUUGACAUUGUGAAAAGACAGGAUUGCUGUGGAUAUCAAUGUCUGUAUGUAUGCUUGAAGAAAUUAGCUUCAGAAAAUGAGCCAAAUUUUCAAAAACAAAUUGUAUAAUUACACUUAAAGAUAUGCUCCGGAACUUUGACGGCAACUAUGUAUUAUUUUUUUUAAACCUCCCCCUUUGGGCUGGAUGUGUCAAUGUGUAGUUAGUUAAAGUAAUAAGGCGUGAGGGGAUGUCGUAUAUGCCUGAACACAGCCCUUAGCCGUGGUAUAUUGGUCAUAUAUCACAACCCCCCCCCCCACCCCCGAGAUGCCUUAUUGCUAUUAUAAACUGGUUACCAAUGUAAUUAGAGAAGUAAAAAUGUAUGUUUUUUUUUCAUAUCUGUGGUAUAUGGUCUGAUAUACCAUGGCUGUCAGCCAAUCAGCAUUCAAGGCCUCUGACCACCCAGUUUAUAAACAUGAGAUAAUCUAUGAGCAGAAUUACUAUUUUUACCUCAAUUAGCCAUGAAAUCCCUCGUUUGAAACCCUUUUCCCCUACAUGGGCCAGCCCCUCUCCAUUUGAGUGACAGCUAGUAAAGUUGCACGUGUAUGACGUAGUACACCACUUUCAGCUCAUGAGCUCUACAUUCAGAACUACUGGCUAUAAAAAGUACACAAGUACCUGAGAAUCUCUUUUAAAGAAAAUGAAUGAAUACAAAUUAUGAAUGUGCUAUGUUUGAGCAACAGUAUCAACUUAUUGAUGAAUACCAAUAAAUACUUUCUGUUUCUGGA